UGUUUAUUUUGGCUGAGUGAUUUCAUUUGUUUACGUAUCAAGUUUGUACCAUACAUUGGCCUGAUAUACAAUUAAAUGGUCUCACACAGAGCCAAGAACAUAUAAAUAUACGCACACAUCGGCACCGAAUCAAAAAUGACGGCAACAAAGAUGAAAUUGUUCUCGAUAUCCAAGUGGCGACAUCUGCACCCAUGUGAUUAUCGCUUUUGACAGCCGGGUACACAUGUUGAACUGAUAUCAAUAAAACAGCGUGGACGAGAGAGACGUUUAUAAUUUUGUGUGAAUUCAGAUCGAUUAACCAUUUCAAUUGUAAAAAUGACGGAGAAAACGUUGAAAGUUUCAAAAAAUAAAAACAAACAAAUUAAAUUGAAAAAGCAACAAAAGCAAAUCGAACCGGAUUCGGAUAUAUCCGAUUCAGAAACAUUGGGUAAUGCACCAAAAAUCGACAAAAAGGAACUUAAAUUAAUUUCAACGGAGGUCACUGACUUGCUGGCAUCGCUUAAAAAAGAGCAUGGCAUUGAAGACGAAACCAUCGCUGUAGCUUCAAAAGUCAAUGAAAAUAAAAAAGAGGGUAAAAAUACAGCAAAAGCAGCUAAAGCAGCAGCAGCCGCAAAGAAAGUAGCCAAGGCAGUAGCUCAACAACCAGAGAAAAAGUUACCCGUCCAAAAACAACAACAGCAACAACAAAAAGGAAAGGCAAACGAGAAUAAAAAGCAGAAACAGGUCAAACCAAACAACGUUGGUGUUAAAACUGAAGCAAAAGUAAAUCAAGCUCAAGAAAAUUCGCCCAAGAAAAAUAAAAAUAAAAAUAAGAAACGUGCUGCUACUAACGUUGAAGUGAAAUCAGAACCGACCGAUGAACCACAACCGAAGAAAGCUAAACAAAACCCAACACCAAAACAACCAGGAAACAAAAAACAAAAGCAAAAACAAGAAGCCACUAAACCAAUUGUAAAGAAGGAAGAAGAAGUAGAUGAAGAAAAUGACGCUGAAGAGGUCGGCGAUGGUGGAGCUGCUGUUAAAAAAGAACACCAUUUGAAAAAUGCGGUGCCAGUAUUUGUUGGAAAUUUGCCAGUUAAUAUUAAGCGCGUUAAACUGGUGAAAAUGUUCAAAAAGUUUGGGAAGAUUUUAUCGAUUCGUAUACGCACAAACACGGGAAAAUCAUUCCUGCGAAAGGCUCAAUUGAACAAAGUUCCAUUUUUGAUUGCAUUCAUCUAUUUUGAAACACCGGAAGCAGCGAAGGCAAGUACUGCGCUUAGCGGUGAAAAAAUCGGAGACAAUGUAAUUACGGUUGAUUUGGAUACGAAAGAAAAGGCAACUAACGUUAAGCCACAAAAUACGGUUGUUAUUGGAAAUUUAAAAUAUGCCGUCACCGAAAAUAUAUUGCGUGAAUCGUUCAAAUGCUGCGGUGAAAUCGAGCAUAUUCGUGUCGUACAAUCGGCGCUCGGUUGCAAAGGUGUGGCAUUUAUUCGAUUUGUGAAUCCAGAAUCAUGUGGACUGGCAUUAAAAUUGAACGGAACACCGAUUUUGGAUCGUGAAGUACGUGUUGAAAAGUACAAAGCAAACAAGGCAACCGACGAGAAAAAGGUGAAAAAAGAGAAAACAUCCAAACCCAUUCAAAAGAAGAAGAAUGCAAAUAAACAGAAACAAACGGCCAACGAUGCAUCAUCACCGGACAAAAAGAAAAAGAAGAAAAACAAAGAAUUCUUAGGAGUAAAAAGCAAUGUCGUGAAAAAGGACAAAGUAAAGAAGAAGAAGAAGUUCAGUUAUGAAAAGCGUUUAGCAUUGAAAGUUGCACCAAAAGCAGAGAAGGCAUCCGACUAAAUGAUAAAUUCCAUUUCAUUAAUUAACAUUUUAACUUCAAUGUUUACAUAACAUUAUUAUUAAAAUUGUACAUCAUUUUUUUUUUCAAUUUUAUUUACGAAUUAAUAAAACUGAACAUUCAAUCAAAUCACAUGCGUUGCCAUAGUUACCAUAUUUAGUUGGUUCGAUUUGAAAGUCAUUGUUUACAA